GACAGCUCCUGGCCUCCGCAGCUCCCUCAGCGGGCGCGCCCGAUCUUCUGCGCCCCGCCUGCCCGGGGAUCAAAGAUGAUGAUUCCAUCAGGAGAGUGUACAUAUGCCGGUAGGAAGAGAAGGAAACCCAUUCAGAAGCGCCUUGCAGGAGACAUGUGUAUGGUCAGCUCCAGCCCUGUCACCUGAAGAACACUCAUACAGAGGGUUCCCUGUGCAGGAAGGACGGCUGCUGCUGGAGUCUCUCAAUGGCUUCGCUCUGGUGGUGAGUGCCGAAGGGAUGAUCUUUUAUGCAUCAGCAACAAUUGUGGACUAUCUGGGCUUUCAUCAGACAGAUGUCAUGCAUCAAAACAUUUAUGACUACAUCCAUGUGGAUGACCGGCAGGACUUCUGCAGACAGCUACACUGGGCCAUGGACCCUCCUCAGGUGGUGUUUGGGCAGUCCCCACAUGCUGACACAGACAAUACUGUCCUGGGGAAGCUGCUCAGGGCCCAAGAAGGAGGCAAGGGCUUGCCCUCAGAGUACUCGGCCUUCUUGACACGCUGCUUCAUUUGUCGUGUUCGCUGCCUGCUGGACAGCACCUCUGGCUUUCUGACCAUGCAGUUCCAAGGAAAACUAAAAUUCCUGUUUGGACAGAAGAAGAAGACACCAUCAGGAGCAGCCCUGCCUCCUCGACUCUCAUUGUUCUGCAUCGUGGCGCCAGUCUUGCCUUCUGUGACUGAGAUGAAAAUGAAAAGCACAUUCUUGAAGGCAAAGCACAGGGCAGACAUUGUGGUUACGAUGGACUCAAGGGCAAAAGCUGUUACAAGUCUAUGUGAAUCAGAAUUGCAUCCCAAACUCAAUUACUUAGCAGGAAGGAGCAAUGGAGAAAAUGGCAUUUCACUGUUCAGGGGACAAACAGAUAGGAGCCAUUGGGCCCGGGCUCUAGCCAGGUCUUCAUGUCUGUGCCUCAGGGGUGGUCCUGACCUGCUGGACCCCAAGGGGACUUCAGGGGACAGAGAAGAGGAGGACCAGAAGCACAUACUAAGGAGAUCCCCUGGUGCCUGGGGGCAGAGGGAGAUGCACAAGUACAGUUAUGGUUUGGAGACACCAGUACACUUGAGGCACCUGAACUGGAGCACAGAACAGCGAAGUCAGGAGGGCACUACCAAGCUGACUCGGCAGCCUAGUAAGAAUGAGCCAUCCACAUGUCUGGUGCCCCGUGGUUCCUGUGUGCCCUACCCUGGAAGCGAGGGCAUGCUCAGUGCCAGCAACAUGGCUUCUUUUAGAGAUUCACUAGACCAUCCCACUGGUGCCUACUGCAGUCAGAUGAACAGACCCUUGCCGGAUAUCCACCAGGGCCAGGUGGAUCCUUCCACCUGCCAUAUCUCCCAGGGCAGUCUGGGAUCUAGGAUCCCUCUGUCUGGAAUGCAGCGCUUCACAGCUAGGGGAUUUUCUACAGAGGAUGCAAAAUUGCCCAGCCUGCCAGUGACCAUAGGCACCCCAUGCAACCCAGUAUUGUCACUGGAUGUGCCAAUCAAGAUGGAGAAUGAAUCUGGGUCCCAGGAUAUAGUUGAAGCUAGUGCAACUAGCUGUGUGUGGCUGGGAACCAGCGACAUGGCCAGAAGACAUCUGGUUGGUUUCCCUGCCAGGAUGCACCUGAAAACAGAGCCCGACUAUAGGCAGCAGGCCUGUACCCCACACCUUGGUCAUGGUAUGCUGGGAACUAAUCCCUACAGCAGAGAUACUGUUGGAUCCUGUAGGGAGCAUGCUCCUCUUUACUCUGCACAUUGCACCUGCCUGGAUCCAGAGCCUCCUCAUCACCUCUUCAUGUGUAGCCACAGUGAGAGCCAGCACCCCUCAUUGGACCAAGACUGCAGAGCUCCUAUUGUUAAGCGUGAGCCUCUGGACUCACCAUCAUGGGCUGCUCCUGGGCAGGUGACUGUGCCCAGGAUGUUCCCUAAGAGUGCCUCUAUAACUGUGAUCCCAUCCAAAGGCUCUGAUGGAAUUUUCCUACCCUAGAGUUGCUCCUCUGCUGGAAAUUCAGUCCUUGGAUAAUGGAACAUGAUCAGAGAUUCUUAUAGUGACCCUCUUUACAGAACUCAGUGGGUGAGGCUGAGAUUCCCUGUGUGUAGCAUAGCAGUAGAGCAUUCUGAAUCACAUAGAACAUCAGAGGAUUCUCAUGCAUAAACCUCAAUCUGUUCAAGUGGACAGCAUUUCUCUUUGAGAAAUUAAAAUGUUUAAGGAAGUAGCUAACAGUAUUCUAUUCUGGCCAGGGCUCAACUGAUUGUCAAAAUGAUGUGUUCCUCGUGUCCAAGCUUGUUACACCUCCUGCCUGUAUGUAGCAGGAAUUCAGAGGCUCUUAAUCAAGAACCGAGGCUGUACUUUGCAUAAUGAUAGUCAUGGAAACACCAUGGUGAUUUUGGUGGGUCGCUGAGUAUGG